CAAGCAGGAACACUGGGCAAAAAUACCUUUGACAUCACAGAGGGUCAUGAUGCAGGUGAAAGUGCCACUAGUGUGAUGGAUGCCAACCACUCUUCGGCACAAGAAGACUUCACUUUGACUGCCAUCAGUGUGACCAAUGGCAACUGCAGUGCAGAUGGAUGGCGGCACCAUCAAGAGGGUACAGCCAGCUGCAGAGGUCACGGUCACUGGCUGCAGCAGCCAUGAGCAAGCCUGGGCCAUCCAGAACCUCCUCAUCGAGUGGUUCCCUCGUGGCGUGAAGCUGUUUUUCAAGAUUCAAUCCUCUGCCAAGAAGCUGGAGGUCCUGGUGAACGAGAAGGUCUUGGUGUCCAAAGCCGUGUCCAAGUUACUGGAGGACGACAUUGCGGGGCUCUGGCCGACGGACCGGGCGAAGAUCAAAGCCGAAAUCCGUGGCUGGCUUGAUGACUCGCCAGAUGAGCAGCAGCAGGCUCCCAGCGAGAAAGACCCCUCCGUGCGGGAGAAGACGGGGAGCAGUGCCUUGGAGAUCGUGGGCUCCAUCUCGGUGAUCCUCUCCGUGGGGGUGGCGAUCUAUGUCUUCACGUAUUUCCUUUCACUGGGCCUGAAAUCUGGGCCGCGCAGUGAGGAGUCAGGAAUGGAGAACUAUGAACUGUGAUUAGCUUUGAUGAGCUCUGAUCAGUUCAUUACUGCUUGGUUUCAAGCAGCAGCAUUUGGUGCCUUUACCUUGCCAGCUCCUCUCAAAAUGGGAGGGUCGCCCCCUGCCACCUCAGUUUGACACCAAUCCUUUUUGUGUAUACCCCUUAUAUUUUGGACACGGGCAAGCCCCCCCAUUCUGAGCUCUCUCCGCAGCUGAUGUGCCGUUUGACCUUGCAAGUUGAUACCAGUUGUUUUGACCAGUCACCCGUGCAUGGCUCCCCCAGCCACAAGGCUGCUGAUGGGGAAAAAGACCGUAAAUGGAGAAAGAGAAUGGUUCAAAAUGAGAGGUCUCGACCUGCGCCACCAAAGAGGUAUAAAUUUUGAUUUGGAGGCAGGUAGCACACACGCCCCACUGCCACAUCAUGUUUGUAGGCAGACAUCCGGCACACAUGUCUCCUUCCAAGCAUGUCUCACCUUCCGUCCGC